CUAAUUGGAAAAUAUAGCACUGAUGUACAGUAGGCUACUAGUAUGAUGAUGAUGAUGAUGAUGAUGAUAAUGAUAAUAGGCUAAUGUAUGCCAUAGUGUUGAUUUGUUAUAGGUCUACACUCUUUUAAUGCAUCAAAUAUAACCUAAACAGUAACAAGCAUACUAUCAUCAUAUUAUUAUCCACCAAACUAUUAUUAUUUUUAGUAGUAGUAGGCUAGUAGGCCCAGUAGUAGGAAGAGUAGCUUAAGCCUAUUGCUAUUAGCUUUUAUUGAUUUUAUUAUGUUGUUGUUUAAGAAUGACACAAUAUGAUUACAAUAAGAUAUUUUUAUCUAUUAAUUAAUUAAAACAUUCAUAUUAAAUAAAUACAUUAAAAAAUAGAUUUAGGCCAAUUAAUCUAUCAAUCAAUCUAUUACAACAUUUUGAGAUGUUCCACAAAACUCCAUUAGUUGGCAAUAAAACAGCAUAAUGUGAUUAAACGCAGAGGAGGACUAGUGUCAGCUAUUUUGAGCACAUCAGCUGCAGUCCUUUGUGUUUGUUCUGGACUGGCGCCGUUUAUCGGCCUUUUAACCCGACACGUGACGAUGACCUGAUCUAUCACUAACAAGUCUAUCACAGGAGCCGUCAGCUGAAUACUCCAUCACCAGCUGGGUUCAACAGGUAAGAGUGUGCCCGGACUGAAAGAGAUGGCUCUGUUAAUGGAGCACCAGUUCAGACAGCUGCCAGCUGACAGACAGGUGGAAACACGACCGUUUCUGGAGGCUGUGUCAUACCUUCCACCUUUCUUUGACUGCCUUGGCUCUGCUAUUUUUGCACCAAUAAAGGCUGACAUAUCUGGUAACAUCACAAAAAUCAAGGCAGUUUAUGAUACCAACCCAGGAAGGUUCAAGACACUCCAGCAGAUUGUGGAGGCAGAGAAGGAAAUGCAUGGAGCGCAAUGGCCCAAAGUUGGAGCGACGUUGGCUCUCAUGUGGCUAAAAAGGGGUCUACGGUUUAUUCAAGUCUUCCUUCAGAGCCUGGUGGACGGUGAAAAGGAUGAUAGCAACCCAAACCUCAUUCGUGUCAAUGUCACCAAAGCUUAUGAAAUAGCCCUGAGAAAGUAUCAUGGCUGGUUUGUGCAACAGCUCUUCAAGGCAGCUAUUUUCGCUGCUCCAUACAAAUCAGAUUUCCUAAAGGCCGUCUCCAAGGGUCGGGAUGUCAAGGAAGAGGAAUGCUUGGAAAAAAUCAGAAAAUUCCUCCUCAACUUCUCUGCCACUGUUGAUGCCGUUUAUGAAAUGUACAGUAAGAUGAAUGCUGAUCUUGAAUACACAGUGUGACUGCAGGAAACCAUCACUUUCCUCUGGUGUCCCACUUAGUUUACAAAGUAAUUUAUUUUCAAUAAACAGUCUACAUCUUGACACAGCUCUCUUCAAGUCAUCUGACACUGUGGGAGUGUGUUUAUAAUACUCUGUUACACAUCAAAUGUUUGUACACUUUAAUCAUCUGUGCCCCUUUUCUCAGUAUGCCCUUUCCUCACUGUUGUUUGACUCUGUCGCAAAGCAGCUGCAGAUUUAAACUCUGUAUUAAGCAUAAGCAUUGCCAGACAUUUUUGUCCAUGAUCAAGUACUCUCACAAAUGUGUGAUAAUUAUACCAAGAAUAAAUGUGCUACUUACUCAGCAAAUGUCUUUGAGUGAGGUGUCUGAUGUUGACAGAUUCAGUGAGCCACAUCACGAUCAAAAACUGAAUGUAAAUCUGUUAUAAUCAUUUGGACCAUAAAGUGAUUUUUUCCCCCUUUUACAUACAUUUAUGCUAUAGGCAUUGAAAGAAAUAGAAACAGGAUGUUUUUAAUUACAGUGUUAGUCCGUCCCCCCGCCUGUAAAUAUUGUUCUAUAUCCUGAGCAAGAUAAGGGCUGUUUUAAAAUGUGGUAUGACUGCGGCUUAUUUGUGGAAGUAUAAUUAUCAGAAUCCAAAACACAUAAUCUACUGCAUGUGAUUUACAAGUACUUAGGAAAAAACCCCAUGUAUACUCUAAAUAAAUACUCUAUAGUUGUCCGUGUUUUCUGGGAAUUGGGUUGUAGUUUUUACUUUUGAAUGAAUACUUUGGAAAUUUAUUUAAGUUAUUUCAUUGUUAGUCUACUAUUGCACACCUGUUUGUGCCUUAAGCUGGAGCUUUUACGUAACCAAGUCAACUUCCCAGCCUUUAGUUAUUUAAAUUUUUGUACUUUGCAUAAAUCAGGCAGACUAAUUAAGAAAAAAAUGUUAACAGUACUGACGGUGUGGUCUGCCUCCUUUAUGCUUCUAAGCUACACAGGACUUGAAUGCGUAUCUUAACUAUUCUUCCAAAGCAAGUGCUUUUCUGUCCACUCUGCCCUCAGGUGCUGACAUAAAACUGACUGUGUGUUGUUUUUAAACCUCAUUGUCGAGUGUUGCAUUAUGACCUUUUUCCAUCAACAUGGUUGUUAGAUAGAUGGGAAAUGUGAAAUACUUGGGGAGGCUUGGUUAGAUGUCAAAUGUCAUAUUUUGACAACAUACCUGAACAGAGGUAAUGUUGGCGGCCUUUAGUUAAUCAGUACUGUUUUUAAUUCAUGUUCUAAAAUGCUGGUCUGAUCUCUUAUGGCUGAAACUAUGUUGCAGUGUGUGUAUAACAUAUCUUUUAUUUUCAACUUAUGUAAUUUUUUUUUUUACAUGUAUAUUUCUACUCCAUUACAUUCAUAGGGAAAUAUUGGGAAUAAAUAUUUGACAGCUAUAGUUACUUAUUACUGUAAAGAUCAGCAUUUUAUAUAUUAGUAAUCUCCUAAAAUGUGUACUGUAAUAAAUUAAACUACCUAAUAGUAUAUAAGAUAGUUAAAAUCAUCUUCCCUUCCACCAGCUACAACUUCAAAAUGCUCUUCACAUGGUGAUGCAUCAGUAAUAUUUAUCUAAUAAUAUAAUGUCACUCUCUGAGGAGCCAUUUUGCAGACUAAUGAGCACUUUUACUUUUGAAACUUUAAAGCUGGGGCAAAUUAUUUUGGAAGGAUUUUUUGUUAUAUUUUCAAAAUCUAGUUAUCUCUUGCUAGGUUCUCCAACAUUGCCUACCCCAGCUUUAAGUACACUUUGCUACUGAUACUUUUGUGGUUCUGCUUGAAUAAAAUGAUACACGCUGGACUUUUACUUGC